CUAAUAUCUGCGAACAUCAUGCCGCCGGAAAACCAACAAGGGGCCUCGGCGCUCGAGAUCCUCCAUGAGCCCGAUUGGACGCAGACACACAGCCACCGCGUCGGAACCCGCGGUCGCGAUGCGCGAUUCAUGGGGAUCACGCACGGUGGAGACGAGACAGGGCAAAAGGGUCUUGAGGAAGUCGCAGAGGAGACGCUCAAUGAACUGCGCGAAAAGGUUAAGAAGGGGGAAUUGGUCACUGUGAGGGAUAUUAUGGAGAAGCAGAUUGACUUUCAUCUGCAGAAACCUGGGGUGCAUCCCAAGUUCUGGCGGUAUGUUUUGCAUACGACCGAAGAUUUUAUCAAACAGGGACAGCCAUGGCCCAUCAAUCAGAAGAAAAAGGAGGACGCGGAGAAAAAGAAGAAGGAGGAGGAGGAAGAGGAGAACAAGAUAAAGGAAGAAGAGAUGAAGAGCAAGCAGAAAAAGGGCCGUGGCGGCGACAGCCAAGACAAGCAAGAUGAUCAAAAAAGCCAGGAUAAACAGCAAGACGAAGGGGAGGACCAAGACCAAAAAGAUGAAGGACAGGAGGAGAAUAAGAAACCAAAGCGCUCAACAGAGGAGGAGGCACUGCUGCAGUGUCUCCAACAUGAACAAAAGUACAUGUGCCUGAUGAGGAAGAAUGACGGCAAGGGCAGCUCUCCGCUCGCCGACGAAGAUCUUCCACGACAGAUCGAUGAGGCAGACCAGUUUUCGCCUGACAGCUGGAUUCCCCGCAGCGAUAAAUUAAUUCGGCUUACUGGGAAACAUCCGCUGAAUGCGGAGGUGGAACUAACUACCCUGUUUGACGCCGGACUCAUCACACCAUCAACGAUCCACUAUGUUCGGAAUCACGGUGCUGUUCCGCACCUCCUCUGGGAAAAUCACAAGGUUGAGAUAACCGCUGGUAAAACAAUAGCCUUUGGAAUGGAUGAGUUGAAGGAUACCUUCCCCAGCAUCAACAUUCCAAUCUUUCUCGCCUGCGACGGCAACCGCAGGAAGGAACUGAAUAUGAUUCGCAAGACAAAGGGAUUUAAUUUCACCGCUGCUGCGAGCGGAUGUGCCUACUGGAAGGGAGUCUUACUCCGGGACGUCUUACUCGAAGCAGACGUCCAAAGUCUAAUGGAGAAAGCCUCCCAUAAGCGUUUUUGGGUAAACUACGAAGGUGCGGAUACGCUCAGCGAGGGCAAGUAUGCCACCUGCGUGCCUCUUGAAUAUGUCAUGGACCCGACGAACGACGUGAUGCUUGCCUACGAAAUGAAUGAUCAUCCAAUCCCCCCAGAUCACGGCUAUCCAUUGCGCCUGAUGCUCCCCGGCUGGGUAGGAGCACGGUCCAUCAAGUGGCUAACGAAGGUCUGGGUAACGGACUAUGAGAAUGAAAGUCAUUACCAUAUUUAUGAUAACCGGCAGCUUCCCAGCUUCGUGACAGAUCCCGAUUCGGAGAUUGCGCAGACCAUGUAUCAUCAUCCGAGUACGCUUUGCAACACACAGAUGCUGAACUCGGUCGUCGUGCGCCCGGCACAAGGCGAAAAGAUUAAUCUGGUCGAUGUGAAAAAGGGCAAGGUUUACAGAGUCGAGGGAUUCGCCUACAGCGGCAACGGAAAUGAGGUUUCGCGUGUGGAGAUUAGUCUAAACGGGGGAAAUGAUUGGUUUUACUGUGUGCGGAAGUUCCCCGAGACCCCGAUUCGUCAUGAUCGAAAGUUCUGGACCUGGCUGCACUGGCACAUCGACUUGGACAUCAGCAAGCUCAUUCGUGCAGAAAGCAUCAUUGUCCGUGCCACGGACGAACAUAGAAACACGCAGCCUCCAGAACCCAUCUGGAACAUUGAAGGGCAAGCGACUCCCUUAAUCCACAUUAUUCAAAUGAUGAACAACAGCUGGUACAAAGUCUACCCUGAAGUGUGCGAAAGCCCCGAUGACGAACAAGCCUACCUUUUAUUCCGACACCCCGUCGACGCCGCCAACAGCAUGAAGGGGUGGAUGAAGCAGUCUACCCAAGAAACAAUCGAAGAGGUGAAGCGCAAAGCAUCUGCCCCCGGAAAGCAAUUCACCCGCCAAGAAAUUGAGAAGCAUCAUACAGAAGAUGACUGUUGGAUUGUUGUUGAUGGCAACGUGUACGAUGCGACUAGUGUGCUGAGUUGGCACCCUGGUGGCAAGGGUCCUAUUAUGACGCAUGCGGGCGCGGUGCAUAUGGAUACGACCAAUGAAUUUAUGAGUAUUCAUGAUAAUUAUGCACAGGAGAAGCUGAAGGAAUGCAUCCUCGGUAAGGUAACCGAAAAGGCCGUGAACCACAUGAAACGGGACGCGGAGCAAAAGGAGAAGAAAAACGCACAGGGAGGCGAGAAAAACCCACAAAUAGCUCUGGACAAACACAAGUGGACGCAAGCAAAACUGGUCAAAAAGAAGCGUCUCUCCGACGACACACAACAGUACACUUUCCGUCUCCCACCACCAGCCAAGAAACUCGGGCUGGAAACAGGUCAGCAUGUGCAGGUGGGUUUCCAUUUCGAGGACCGGCUUGUUGUGCGGCCGUACACACCAGUCCGGCCAGUUCUGGAGAAAGAAGAAGACGGUACUUUUGAUUUAGUUGUGAAAACAUAUUUCCCUGAUCAAGACCAACCGGGUGGUACCAUGGGUAACAUCCUUGACUGUCUGCGCGAAGGCGAAGAAAUCGAAGUCAAGGGCCCUUCAGGCGCAAUCCGGUAUCUGGGCCACGGUACGUUUGCGGUCGAUGACAAGGAAUACUCCUUCGAGAACGUGUCCCUGAUCCUCGGCGGAUCCGGCGUGACCCCAGGGUACCAGAUCAUCGCACGGAUCUUGGAAAACAAAGAAGACAAAACAAAAGUCAAGGUUAUUGACGCGAACAAGUCCGAAGGCGACAUCCUGAUGAAGGAUAAAUUCGAAGAGUUCUCGAAGAAAUCGGAGGGGAGGUUUGAAAUCGUGCACGUGCUUUCACAUCCCAGCGAUGACUGGAAGGGUCUCAGUGGCCAUAUCAAUGCGGAUAUCAUCAAAAGCCACGCCUUUGAACCCAGUAAUAAAAAUGUGGUGCUCCUCUGCGGGCCACCUACCAUGAUUCAGAAGGCGGCGCUUCCUGCGCUGAAGGACUGGGGCUACGAUGAGGAUUGCAAUUUGUUUGGUUUUUAA